AUGUCCGCUGGAACAAGUCUAUGCUUUGACCAACUACAAGAUAGAUGGGGGGAAACAGUACAAAGGACAACACCGGAUCCAUCCUUAAAGAAGAAGCCUACAUCAAUCUGCAUAGUUGGCCAAUCAAGUUGGUUUCUACCGUAUUGGAAAUUUGAUGAUCUAUCAGGUUUCUAUAUCAACAAAUCCUCGAGCAUCACAAAUCUACCAAAGUCCAUAUCAAGCAACAUGGUUUCUAAAAUCUAUACUGGUUGUGCGAUUCUCGCAUUCUUUCAAUGUGCUUUCUCUCAUCAGCUAUAUCCUGAUGGUUUUGGUGGAAAAAUAAGCAGAACCACCAUUCCCCGUCGAGAAUUAGCACUAUCAAAACGCGAUAAUAUCGAUCCCUCCCUCCUCUACCCAACUUACAAUCUCAGCGUUCCGAUUGAUUAUUUCCACAAUGAAUCUCGUUAUGAACCUCACAGCAAUGGAACAUUUCCACUCCGCUAUUGGUUCGACGCUACCUACUACAAACCUGGUGGACCAGUGAUCGUCCUUCAAUCAGGAGAAACCGAUGCUACAGGUCGAUUACCAUUUUUACAAAAUGGUCUUUUACAUCAAUUGGCUGUUGCGACGAAUGGUAUUGGUGUUGUGCUCGAACAUCGUUACUAUGGUGAAAGUAUCCCAACCCCGGAUUUCUCGACCAAGAAUUUGAGAUUCUUAACUACAGAACAAGCAUUGAUGGAUGAGGUUUAUUUUGCUAGGAAUAUUGUAUUUCCAGGAUUAGAAGAUCAGAACCUUACAGCACCAAAUGUGGCUUACAUUGGUUAUGGAGGUUCUUAUGCUGGUGCUUUCAAUGCUUUCUUGCGAAAGUUGUAUCCAGAUACUUUCUGGGGUACAAUUUCUUCCAGUGGUGUCGUAGAAGCCAUCUAUGAUUACUGGACUUACUUUGAGCCUAUUCGUGUUUUUGCCGAUCAAAAAUGUAUUAAAAAUACUCAACUCAUCACCAACUCUAUGGAUAACAUUGUCAUUGGACAAGAAAACAACACGGCUUUAAUCCAAGAACUCAAGACUGUUUGGGGACUUCCAAAUGUUACUUAUAGCAAUGAUUUCAUGUCAGUAGUCAUGUACGGAAUGUGGGAAUGGCAAAGUAAAAAUUGGGAUCCAGCAGUUGAAGGAACACCAUAUUUCGAUUACUAUUGUGGUAACGUUACUAGUAACAAGCUUCUCUGGCCAAGUUUGAAUACCUCUACAACAGAGGUUCAGAAAUUACUUACGAAAGGUGGUUAUGUUUCUGAACUUAGUAACUUGACAAUUCCAUAUCUUAAUUGGAUCGGUUGGUUGACUGAUUACACCUCUGCAAACUUCGGCGAUUGUUCUCCCAGCCAAGAUUCUUGCUACUCAACCCACAACCUCACCUACUACGCACAAGACGACUCAUCCCAAUCUUGGCGUCUCUGGCCUUAUCAAUACUGUACCGAAUGGGGCUACCUUCAAAACGGUGCUUCCGUUCCCGCAAACCAGCUUCCAUUAUUAUCCCGCACCAUCGAUCUCCCCUACCUCUCCAUUAUCUGCGAAGCUUCUUUCAACAUCACCACACCCCCAGCCGUAGAGAACAUAAACAAGCACGGCGGUUUCAACCUCAGCUACCCACGUCUCGCAUACAUCGACGGUGAACAAGAUGUUUGGCGUCCAGCAACCCCUCACGCAUCACCUUUUAACACCACAGCUCAUAACCGUACAUCUUCUACCUCCCAACCAUUCAUCUUAAUCGAAGGAGCAGUCCAUCACUAG